AUGGAAAAUGCAAAAGGCAAGAAGCAGACGUCCCCAAAGAAGUCAGGGGAGCGGCAAAAAGCUUCAAAAUCCCAGCCAGUACCAACUGAACAGAAACAUGGGGCUGCUGGCGAACCAACUGAACAAAGAACCUCAGGGGUGGAGACCAAACGGAAGAGAUCUAAGAAAGAUGACAAAGCUUCUUGUCCACAAAAGAUGGCACAGGAAAAUAAAAGAGUAAGAAUUCACAAGAAGAUACCGAUUCCUCCGCUGCCCCUUCACUUGCCACCAGUUAACCUGAUUCACCGAGACGUCGUGAGGGCUUGGUGCCAGCAAUUAAAGCUGAGCACCAGUGGCCAGAAAUGGGAAACAUAUAAUAGGCUGCGUGCAUAUGCUUACCCUAAUCAAAAGGAGAUUCCUAUCAAACCAGAGGAGGCAAAGAUAUUGACAUUAUCACAAAGGAAAUUGAAGAUGCAAAAGGGGGAAAUGAGUCUGGACAGCUUUGGUCUUCCUGAACUGACUGGUCCCCUGGUGCGGGGUCCUGCUCCUGAUGGGGGUGCUACUGCUCUCCUGGAGGGAAUGGACAAUAUUUUCGUGACAACUUCCACCCCAGAUGAUGUGUUUGCCUCCUGGAGCAGAAUUGCAGCCACUACUGGGAAGUCUGGGAAGAUGGAGAAUGUGAGGUCGCCACAGGAGGCCUCUGGUUACAAGUGGUGUGUGGUCCAUGGACAGAGUCUCCCUGCAGACACAGAGAGUUGGGUUCAGCUACAGUUUUAUGCUGGGCAAGCCUGGGUCCCUGAGAAACCGGGGCAAGUGUGUGCACUCUUCUUGAUACCUUCCUGCAACUUUCCACCCCCACACCUGGAGGAUAACAUGCUGUGCCCCAAAUGCAUUCAUAGGAAUAAGGUAUUAGCGAGAAGCUUCCAUUGCCAAGAAAAAGGGUACGGCUACGAUUGUAAUUAA